UUAGACCCCGCCCCGCUGCCUGGCCCGGCCCCGUGUUACAAAACCAGCGAGCACUCCGCAUCCAAGGAAACCACCGAACACAUCACAGCUCCGCUUCUCACCGCUGACCAACGGACGAACAACAGACACGAUGGGGUUGUUGAAAAUAGAAGUUGAAUACUGCGGAGGAUGAGGAUACGGACCCCGCUAUCAGGAGCUCGCCCGGGUUGUGAAGGCUGAGUUUCCAGAAGCGGAUGUGUCCGGCUCCGUGGGAAGACAAGGCAGCUUUGAGAUUACAAUCAAUGGACAGCUGGUCUUCUCCAAGAAGGAGCUAGGGGGGUUCCCAUAUGAGGAUGCCGUAAUGGAACAAAUCCAGUUGGCCGCCGAUGGCAAACCUAUGCAGAAGAUCACCAAAUCCCGUGCACCCUGCGUCAUCAUGUAAACCUCCCUCAAUCCUGCAGCAUCAAGACAGGCCAGUGCAACUGUAUACUGCCAACGCCAUCUCAGGUCUACCCCCAACCCUGUUAAACAACGGGCUGGGAUAAAACCUUGUUUCAUAGAAACCCAGCAGAGAUGCAAUACGGCCAGCAGCUGCUGUCUUUGACGCAGAUCACCAAACAUCUGGCUCCCCCUCUCUGUUUUCAUUGUGGUGCUCCAGGCUGUUAAUGAUUACUGUAGCCUAAAAAGUUAAAGGUUAUAGUAUGAUGAAUCCAUUCCUGGAAGUCCCUUUAUUAUAGGAGCUGAGAUGGGGAGAAGAUGUCAGAAAGGGUUGAAGGCAGUUCACUUUACUUCACCACAGCCUCAUUGGCUGGCAUUCUCUAACUGCCUACUUGAUUUUUCUUGUUUUUCCAAGUCUCUGUUUACUGAUCUCACAUGCAAUUACCAAUUUUCAUUGAAUGCAAGGACCGUGCAAAGUAGUUGCAUAUCAUUUUCUUUAAAGGGAGACUACCUGUUUCUGCCUCUGCAUCGCUCUAUACUGUAUAAUCUGAUGGUAAUCUGUUCUAAGAUUUGAGAACUGUUUGUCUGAACUGAUAACUCCAACCCUGACUACUGUAAGGUUUGUGGAGAGUGAAGCAAUGUUAUAUCAUUUGUGUUUGGUGAAUGCAAAAUUAAGCUUUGCAAUGGUUUUCUUUCUUUAUCCAUAUCAAAUUUGAAUAGUUUUAAACUUCUGCUUCCAGUUUUUUUUUUUUUUUUAUGAUAAACUGCAGUCAUUAAUAAACUGGUCAGGUAAUAGAGCAAUCAUCAGAAGUGCUUCUGAAGACCACCACCGACUGGUCUGUCAACUCUCACACAAUUCGAUGUCCGCUCCUUCACUACGAAUCAUCUCAUAUUGCUCACUCAAGAUGUCAAAACUGUAGACUUUAAAUAAAGGUAAUGGUUCUUUCA